UGUCAUGAAAUCACAAAUGUUGAAAAGUAUCAGGAUGGGUAGGCAACUUUUGAUGCUCAUCGUUGUACUUGCAGUCUCGGUCAAAGGUCAAUCAAACGCGGGUGUUUCGGAAGAAGUGAAACAGCUACGAAUAAUCACAGACAUGUUUCGAGAAGCGGUGGAUAAAGGAAAUAACAAGCAGAUCAAGUGUCACCUGCAGUCGGCGUGGCAGAUUGUCAAAAGUCUUUUUGAAAAACAGGAUGAGAUGGAAAAGGAGGAGAAUCAGUUGAAGAAUCAGAUUUCUCUAUUGGAAAAAGAACAAGCCGAACAAGAUAAUUUGAAGAAAAUUUGCGAUAAGGUGACUGAAGAAAAGGCUUUGCUGGAGAAGAAUUGGGCGAAUGAAAGUCUUGUCGCUCUCAGACUUGAUCACUUCAAACAGUUGAAUGAACCAAAGAAAAAAUGCCCUCCUGCCGAUUCUAUUAAUUUAAAGACGCUGUCAAACGGCAAGAAAUACUUCUUCAAUUCAACUGCUGUAAACUGGUCUCGAGCAAACGAGCUUUGCGAUAAACAGGGACUUCACUUGGUAAAAAUAAAAGAUUUACAUGAUACACAAAUUUGGAUGACAGAAUUAAGUUAUGCUUGGUGGGUUUCGGUGAAAAACCAAGGAACGGGAGGGGAAAAGGACUUCCGUUGGCGCGACGGGACAAAAUUGGACUUGAACAGUCCGUUGUGGUGGGAAAAUGCGGACAAGACUCACGACUGCGUUUAUAUCAAUACUUGGAGAAAGGGAAAAUUGAACAGCCAUCCAUGCUACGGUACUUCCUAUACUGUCUGCGAACUUCCAAGGGAAUGCUACUGAGUCCAUUCUUAUCAAAUUUUUCUUUCCUUGAAACAAAUUUGAUAGGAAAUUUUAAAAUAGUUUAUAAUUUUCAAUGAUAAAUUUUUUCUAAUUACUUUAUUUGAACACAUCAAUUAAAUUCUAUUUUUGGAGAACAAUUCAUCUUCAGAGAAAGGGAAUAGUUGGACAAAAAUGCCCAAUUGAAAUGGGGAUUAAAGCUAUGAGAGAAAAACAAUAGAUUCGACAAUUCUUACUUCACAAAUCAAUCGAAUCAGUGUUUCUUUUUCAUUUUUUUUUAAUUGUGCACGUUCUCCCCUUCCUGGAGAAUUUACUUUUUAACUUCUGAGGACAGAAACGGCAAAUCAUCAUGUCUUUUCAUGCAUUCAUUCUGUUUAGGUUCAGCUACAUUAUAUUGAUUAAAUGAUGUAAGAAAAAAAAUAUUCUAAGAAAACAUUAGGAAUGCCAAAUUGGAGACACAUGAGUUUGAUAAAUUUUUUAAUAGUUCCUAUGAAUUGAAAUUUGCCGAUAUUUCUUUGUACUUUUAUUUAAACUGCAGGAAAAAAACCUCAAAUUAAUGAUAUUUCAUUGAGUCGGCGAGAGAUCUUACGUUUUAAAAGUUCCAUUGAAAAAUCGGCGAGAAGUUUUAUACCCAAAUUGUUCUUGAAUCAUUUUUUUUCCAUGAAAAAUUCAGAAUUGUUCAAGCAAAAAUAUUUAUAAUUGGUCUUAUAUUUAGCAUAAACUGUAUCCAGAAUUCAAUUUGACCACGCUUAUAAAUAAUCUAUUUUUCCAACUAACAAUAAGUCUGGUUUAAAAACAGGAAAUUUUGAGAGUUUCAAUCACAGUACAUGUACAAAAAUAUUGUGAUGG